AUGCCCUCAACCGUGCCUUCUGGCGUACAGAGUAUGGCAUCGCCGACAGAUAGCGCUUGGGAGCAAGCCGAGGGCGUCCCCAGCCUUGGCGACCCCUUCAUACAAAAGUACCUCUCCGGCCGCGAUGCCCUGGUGCAGCAAGAGAAGAAGCAGCGCAGUGACCACCAUUUCCGAGAAAACCUAUCGCCCACAGCUCAGGAAGCAUGUGCCAUUGUUUCCCAGAUCCGCUUCGAGGAGCAGCAAACUCUGUGGAGCAAGGACUAUGAGGACAGCCUCGCCAGCGACCACGUCGACAUUUUCCCCGGCAUGAUGUUCAAUCUUGCCAAGGAGCGUAUGGAGAAGAGCAAGCUGUGGAAAAUCGUGCGUGAGAUGCCAAAGGGCGCGCUUCUGCACUGCCACCUCGAGGCUAUGGUGGAUCUUGACUGGGUGCUCGAGGAGGCCUUCGUUACCGAAGGUGUUUGCGUGCGGAGUGAUGCCCCGCUGUCAAGUGAACAGGCGCGAUUGAAGACUGGGUUCUCAUUUACCUAUAGCAAAGCCAGCGCACAGAGCGAUGUUUCCAUAUGGAGUGACGAAUAUGCCAGAAACACACAAGUUCCACUAGUAGCCGCGGCAGACGGCUUCCCAGAUGGCGGACGGAAAGGGUUCAUUGAAUGGAUUCGCCUGCGUACAUCCAUCACACCGGAAGAACACGUCAAACACCACGAGGGCCCUAACGAAGUGUGGCGGAAGUUCAUGUCUUGCUUCCCCAUCUUGGGCUCAAUAAUCUACUACGAACCUAUCUUCCGCAAAUUCAUUCGAAAAAUGUGCCAGCAGCUAUUGGAAGACGGUACCUACUAUGUCGAUCUGCGAUCGGCCUUCUCUACACACCGUACCGCAGGCUCGGCAAAGAAGAAUGAGGUCGAAAAGUUCAAGGCAUCCGAAAAAGGCAAGGACUUCUGGGGCGUACGCAUGAUCUGGACUACCGUUCGUGCCUUUGACAACCGCACAGUUGUCAACAGUAUGAAGCAAUGUAUCGAGAUGAAGAUCGAGUUUCCCGAGCUUAUCGCAGGCUACGACUUCGUCGGCCAAGAAGAUCUUGGCCGCCCGCUCUCCGAUCUCUCUCCCUUGCUCUUCUUUUUUCGCAAAAAGUGCGCGGAAUCCGGCGUAGAUAUUCCGUUCUUCUUCCACGCUGGUGAGACCCUCGGCGAUGGGGAUUCAGUGGACGAGAACCUGUUCGAUGCCAUCCUUCUCGAGAAGAAAAUCCUGAUCGAGUCCUGCCCCGUCUCCAACGAAGUCUUGCGUCUCUGUGGCAGCAUAAUGUCGCACCCACUGCCGGCUUUGCUGGCCCGCGGAGUACCGUGUAGUUUGUGCAACGAUGAUCCCACGAUCUUGGGGCAAGGUGUUAGUGGCAUGAGCCAUGAUUUUUGGCAGGCACUUCAGGGUUGGGACAAUCUUGGGCUGGAAGGUCUGGGCUCGCUAGCAGAGAACAGCGUCCGGUGGGCAAGCCUUGAAGACUACUCGCAAAAAGAGUGGGUGCAGAGUAUCAAGGACGGUAGCACUGGCAAGGGACUACGGGCGCAGAGAUUGAAAGAGUGGGCUACGAGGUGGGAGAGGUUCUGUGCAUGGAUCGUGGAUGAAUACGGUGUUGACGAGAACACAAACCCUGGAGAGUAA